GAGAAUCACGCGCAAGUUUUAUUCAGCUUGUAUUGUUGUGCAAACACUGCAGCUCGACCUGCGUUCGACCACAAUCGCCAACACGCAAACAUGGCAGGCGGCGGCGGUCCUUCAAGCGGUGGUGUUCCACCACCUCUCACCCAGGCUUACGGCUAUGGAAUCGUCGUUGGCCUCGGCUUCCUCUUUGCUCUUGGCAUGGUGCUCACCACUUAUGUACUCAAGAAGUACAACCGUGAGGAGCAGACUAGUGAAAUGUUCAACACUGCUGGCAGAACUGUCAAGACCGGACUUGUUGCUUCCGCUGUCGUUUCUUCAUGGACUUGGGCUGCGACUCUUUUGCAAUCUUCCGGUGUCGCAUACAGAUAUGGUGUCUCUGGUCCCUUCUGGUAUGCUUCUGGAGCGACUGUACAAAUUAUUCUAUUCGCUUCCCUGGCCAUCGAGCUCAAGAAGCGUGCUCCAAAUGCACACACCAUGCUGGAAGUCAUCCGCGCUCGCUAUGGCGCCGUGACCCACUGCGUGUACAUUUGCUUCUGCUUGUUCUGUAACCUUCUGGUCACCUUGAUGCUUCUCGUCGGAGGUAGCGCGGUGACCAGCAGUCUCACAGGCAUGCACACCGCUGCCGCUUGCUUCCUUUUGCCCCUGGGUGUUGUCAUCUACACCAUGUUUGGAGGUAUCAAAGCGACAUUCCUUACCGACUACGUGCACACUGUCGUCGUCCUGGUCAUUAUCUUGAUCUUCGCUCUGACUGCCUAUGCCACUGGCACUGAGCUCGGCUCGCCCUCAGUGGUCUAUGACAGGCUUGUCGAGGCUGCGGCUACUCACCCUAUCGACGGUAAUGCUGGCGGCAGUUAUCUUACCAUGACAAGCAAGAGUGGCGCAGAGUUCUUCCUGAUCAACAUCAUUGGCAACUUUGGCACCGUCUUCAUGGACAACGGUUACUACAACAAGGCGAUCGCGGCUCACCCGGUCCAUGCGCUUCCUGGCUACAUUGUGGGUGGUCUGGCUUGGUUCGCCAUCCCCUUCCUCUGCGCCACCACCAUGGGACUUUCUGCACUUGCAUUAGAGACGAGCCCGGCGUUCCCUACCUUCCCAAGCCGCAUGGAUCCUGCGGAUGUCAGCGCCGGUCUUGUACUACCGUAUGCAGCUGUCGCCAUGCUGGGCAAGUCUGGCGCCAUCAUCACCCUGAUCAUGAUCUUCAUGGCUGUCACUUCGGCUACUUCGGCUCAGUUGAUUGCUGUUUCGUCCAUUUUCACCUAUGAUAUCUACAAGACUUAUAUCAACCCUGCCGCUUCCGGUGCUCGUCUGAUUGCCAUGUCGCACUUCAGCGUUUGUGCCUACGGUGCCAUAAUGGCUGCCUUCAGUGUUGGACUGUACUAUGCCGGCAUCUCCAUGGGCUGGCUCUACGUGUGGAUGGGCGUCAUGAUCUCGUCCGCCGUCCUGCCAACAGUCCUCACCUUGUUCUGGAAGAAGCAGAACUGGAUCGCAGCCGCCGGCUCUCCAGUUCUCGGACUCAUCUGCGCGCUGAUUGCCUGGACCGUGACCUGCGCCAAAGAAUCAAACGGAGUGCUUACCGUCGAGACGCUCGGUGCCAACGGCCCCAUGCUCGCAGGCAACGUUGUCGCGCUCCUCAGCCCAAUCUUCUUCAUCCCUGUGCUCACCUUUGCUUUUGGCGCCGACAACUACGACUGGGCCUCCAUGGCCGCAAUCAAACAGGGCGACGACGCUGACCUGUCCGGACUUGAGGGCAACCUGGAGGCGGCGGCAGCUGCAGGCGCCAUUACCCUUGUUGCGCCCGAGGAGGACAAGGCCAAGCUGGUCCGGGCCUCACGCAUCGCUAAGAUCAUGACGGUGUGCAUGGCCAUUGCCUUCCUGGUCCUCUGGCCCAUGCCCAUGUACGGUUCCGGCUACGUCUUCUCCAAACCCUUCUUCACCGGCUGGGUCGUUGUCGGCAUCAUCUGGCUCUUCGGCAGCUCGAUUGCCGUCGGCCUCUACCCGCUCUGGGAGGGCCGCCACAGCAUGUUGCGCGUCGCCCGGGGCAUUCUCGGAAAGAAGCAGCCUGCCUCCGCGCCGAUUGCUACCGACGCCAAGAAUGUCGAGGCUGAGGAGCAGACUGUCCCGGUCGAGAAGAAGGAUUAAGAUGGAAAAGCGCGGCAUAUUCUGCUCUGCAGGAUUGGCCAUGAGCAAAUCCAAUGGAAAAUUAAGACUAGGACGCAGGACUGGAAAAUUUGAGGCGUUUAGGAGAAGGAAGGAUACCCAGAUCGCAUGGCUGAGAAUGUGACAUAUCAAGUACACAAUGGUACAAGCAGAGAGUUCAUCUAUUUUGAUCACGUUGCCUCGCCCAAGCAACUCAGAUCAGAGUCAACAGUGUCCGAAGCUUGCCGAACGAAACGUGAUGUUGCAUUGUCUUCUGAGAUCUGCGGGGAAGUCAAGCACGAACUUGGUCUUUUUGCUUUGUUCGAAAUCAAGUCAGGGCUGUUGGGGUAUAUGUAAAAGCAAGACGCAGCGAAUCCGUUCUCUGUCCUAGUAUCAAGUACUUUCACGAAACUUCAU